GUCCUAUUAGAAUUUUAUUUAUUGUUAUGAAAAUAUAUUCAGAAUUUUUUCAUUUCAUCACGUUUACUUGUCUGUGAAUGGCUCGAAUUAUAUUCGAAACUCACCACCACAGCGAAAAUAUAUAAAGAGUAAAGCAAAAAAAUGCUUCUACAUAUAUGAUGUAUCUUUCUAAAAUUUAUUGAUUAACGUGUAAAUCGUUUUCCAUUAAAUUCUUCGAAAUCAUAAUAAUUCCCUGACAUAUAUUGGAAAAAUUUUUAUUAUUUGUUUACAGGCCAUCAUGUCAUCAUUAGAUUUAUCUAAUACAGUGAAAAUUGUUAAAGCAAUCGGCCAAGGUACAUAUGGUCGUGUGUAUCUGAUUCAAGAGCAACGCUAUCCGAAUCAAUUGUUGGCAUUAAAAGUGAUUCAUAUACUUGGUGAAAGUCUCAAGCUUAAAGUUCAGAAAGAAAUCCAAAUACACUGUCAAUUGGAACAUCCGAAUAUUGUCAAGCUUGUACAUUCGGAACAAAUUUUAACAAAUGCAUGUUUAUAUCUUGAAUAUGCAGUCAAUGGCUCUUUGAAUCACCAUCUGAAAACUAAUCAAUUGGGUUUGGUAAAAUCAAAGGCAUUGAAAUAUUUUCAACAUUUGCUCAACGCUCUAAGUUAUCUCCAUGGACUUGGUUUUGUACACCGAGAUAUUCGACCAUCGAAUUUGGUCAUCGACCAAAAUGAUUGCUUAAAAUUGACCGAUUUCGGUAUGGCCACAAUGUACAAAUAUCAUAAUGAAAAAUUUAUGUUACAGAUUUCUUGCGGCAUUGAAUCUUAUCGUGCACCGGAAACUUUUCAUUUUGUCGAUCGAAUAUAUGUUCGACCUCAUAAUGGAGUGCCAUUAGAUGUUUGGAGUUCUGGCAUUGUAUUAGUUGAAAUGUUAACCGGUCGUUUACCAUGGAAAUCAGUAUUGUCAAAAAAAUUUAAAGCCUAUAAACAAUUUGUCGAAGGUGAUUCAUUAGAUUUGAAUGAAUUUCCGGCUUUGGCAUCAUUAGAUUCGACUAUAUUUGUAAUGCUUGUUGAACCGAUGCUACAACCGAAUCCAGAUUGCCGUAUCAAUCUGUCAUACAUUAUGAAUGAUUUGAAUAUAAUAAUUGGUAGCUUACCGAUAGACGAAAUUGAUCAACAUUGA